AGAAGUACAAACGCUACAAGUUGAUGCCGUGAAAAUGGGUUGUGCAGCAAGAACGUGACGAAGUAGUAUCAAGAUGUUGUAACAGAUCGUCGUGUCUAUUCGUCAUCCAAUCCGUUAUUCGUCGUUGUGCUCUCGUCGUUGGGCCUCGGCGGCGCAAAAUGAAGAAGGCCACAUCCUUGUCCACCACCCUUCUUGGAGGUUUUCUACUACAACUUCUGCACAGCCACUACACAAAGAACAUAACAAGCUCCUUAUUCAUCACAGUGGACGCACUGAAAGUGCUGACGAGCAGUAAAAUAAAGACCGAGGGAAAGAAGAAGCGGGCUAUCCUGAGUAAAAACGUACCCACACCAGAGUCAAGAUGGGGAUUUUGCAACACAAACCUAGGAGUUUUGGGAGUCACGCAUGACAAGUUUCAGUCCGUAAGGUAGUGCAAGUUAGCAAGGAAAGCCGCGUCACAAAUCGACCUGCUGAUCCUGUUCACAGCAUCACAAAUUCCAAAACACGAUUGGAAAUGGCUCUCAUGGGGAUGCGCAUCACAAAUGUCUUUGUCAUUGCAAAUCUGCAUUACAACUCUGGGGUGGGUACGUUUUUACUCAGGAUACGGGCAGAUACCUGCACAUGCGUGAACUCGAACACCGCCACCACCACCAUUCAACCGUAUCGCAAGAAAAAGCUGUUUCACUGUGAACUUGUAAUGCAUAGAACGGAACGCAAAUGUGUUUCUCUUGCUACACAUGCAAGACAUUGGAUUUUUAGCUGUGUUUUCCCUUAGAGGCACGCAUGCCAAGUUAUAUUUGUCAUGCGUAACAAACUUGUGAUGCAGAUCUUGCAAAAUCGUCACAGUGAAACAGUUUUUUCGUGGGAUAAGCCGUAUCGCAAGAAAAAACUGUUUCACUGUAUUAAAAACUUGUGACGCUGCAGGAGAGAAUGGUGCAACACACAAGUGUAAAAGUUUGUUCUUGCGCAAAUGGAAAUGCAAGAGGUGGCGUGAUUUUUACCCAUGCCAUUUUCGCUGAGAAAGCUGCAUAAUUUCUGGCAUAUUUUCUUUGUCAUGCUGAACAAACUCUUGAUGCAAAUAACCUUGACAACCAAAAUCGUUUCUGUGAAACACUUUUUGCGUGGGAUAGACCGUGGGUGACCAACAAUGAAGCGUUGGCAAGUCCUAGUAUCCAAGGAAAAAACAUUGUUAGUGUGACUUUGGGAUCAUCAUGCUCGUCAAUCAUGAUGCAAGAGGGUAGUUCUUGCGUCUGUCAUGCUUUUGAUGCAUUGUAGGGCCGCCCAUUGAAGCGCCGUUUCUUCGCGUACUAUCUGCGCAUGACAGACAGAUUUGUAAUGCUGUUCCCUGAUUACAGAAAGUUAGAAGUACACCUACAACCUUUUUCGCGUCGAUAGCCCCACUAUGCAUUGCAAAAAUGUCGGGGUCUGGAAAAGUGGAACUUGUGUGGUAUGUCUUGCAUUCCUUUGAACAUCAAAUCUGUAUUACACAGCCAGCAAGAUGAAAGGGACUCCUUACUUUUUCGUGUGUGCAGUUUGUCAUACGUGCUACGCAUCAGACAGCAUCAAGUAAGUACUUGUCAUGCGUGGUUGCACUUGAGAGCGCCAGUCAGUCUUAUCCAAACUUUAGCAUUACAACUUUCCAGACCCAUACAUAUUUGCAUUUGAUACGCGGGGACUAUCCCGGACCCGAUCUGCGCCGCAAUGUGGAUAUCAACUGCAAAUAUCCACCCUGGAUGUCUGGAAGAAUGCGAGAUCUGUCAUGUAGUUUUUGCCUGACACAGAUGAGAUCCGAUCUGUACAUGCAAGCUUUAUUAGUAGCAUCACAGAUAUUCAUAUUGUUGAGCAGGUAUCCCAAAAAUGCCUAAUCCGCAUUGCAAAUCCCCUCGUCUCGCGGAAACAAAAAACGGGGCCGUUUGCUAGCCACGCAUGACAGAUUUUGUCAUGAUGUAGAAUUCCGCAUCACAAAGUCACAUUCUUUCAGACAUCCAGGGAUAUUUGCAUUUGAUAGUGGAGUGGCGGUUGUGGUGA